AUGUCAUCUCGCGGACGUGACAAAACAGGUGGGAACACUGAACCUAUGCCAUUUGUCAGAAAAUUUGGUGCAGCAGCUGUAGCAGCUGCUGCAGCUGGAGAGUCAGGAAUUGUUGAAGCUGCCAAGCCUGAAGAUGCAACUGCUGGGGAGCCUGCGCUAGUUCCAGUUCAGCCUUCUGGGGAUGCCGAUUCUCCGCAUUCGCGCUCUCGGUCUCGGUCUAAUCGCCACGACAAAGAAAAAAAAGAGAAGAGGAAGAAAGGUUCACAUUCCAGAGAGCGAAGCAGACGUCGUUCGAAGUCUCGGGAGAGGCGAAAAAGGAGUAGGUCCCGAAGUCAUGAUAGACGAAGCCGUAGUCGAAGCAGACGUCGUAGAAGUCGUAGCAGAGAAAGAAGAAGCCGUAGUCGUAGUGCAAGAAGCCGUAGUAGAGGAAGACGAAGUCAUAGUCAUGGUCGCAAAAGCGGAAGACAUCAUAAAGAUCGGACUCCGUCUCUUGUUAAAGACCCUAUACCUGCAGAAGGCGAGCAAGAUCAGGCUUCUUCAGGAGUAAUCAUCUUUGCUGCAAACGCUGCGACGCGUCCGAAAGUUGUUCCCGGUGUUCUUCCGCUGUUGGUUCGCCCUGACAUAGGUAUUUGUUUCUGUACAGUCCUUUUGGCUGAAGAUAUAAGUUUUGCAGUUGUAUUCGUUUCCACUUAUCUAUUUUUAGCAGAAACAUUAACCAGUGAAAGUACAGAAACCCCUGGUGUUGAUCCAGCUUCUGCUGAAAAGAAACCACGAAAGUCAAGGUGGAGUACGACAAAAUCUUUUGUGCCAGGGAUGCCAACUAUUUUGCCUUCAAAUUUAAAGGACGAGCAACGUCAAGCUUAUUUACUUCAGCUCGAAGUCGAAGAUGCAACGCGAAAGCUCCGCCUUGGUGAUUUUAUGGGCAAUCCAGAUCCGGCACUAAGAAGUCCUUCGCCUGAACCAAUUUAUGAUGCUAGCGGGAAACGUUUGAAUACACGAGAGAUCCGUAAACGUCAAGAACUGGAACAACUGAGACAUGAAAAAAUUCAGGCGUUAUUGAAGUUGAAUCCAAAUUUCAAGCCUCCAGCAGAUUACAGGCCUCCCAUGAUUCGGUUGCAUGAGAAGGUUUGGAUACCGCAAGAGAACCAUCCUGAGAUAAAUUUUGUUGGGUUACUUAUCGGCCCACGAGGCAACACAUUAAAGGCCUUGGAAGCAGAGACUGGUGCUAAAAUCAUAAUCCGUGGAAAGGGGUCUGUCAAGGAAGGAAAGUUGGGUAGACGUGAGGGUCCAAUGCCUGGAGAGAACGAACCGCUUCAUGCUUAUGUUACCGGAACAGAUUCAGCUGUAAUAAAGAAAGCUUGUGAGAAAAUUAAUUCAAUAAUUAAUGAAGCAUUAAUGAUUCCUGAUGGUCAAAACGAACUUCGGAAACUGCAGCUUAGAGAGCUUGCAUUGCUUAAUGGUACUUUACGACCGGAAGAUCUUGCUAGCGGUGCCAGAUGUAGUAACUGCGGUUCAGAUGAGCAUAAGACGUGGGAGUGUCCCGAUGCUCCAAACGUUACGAAAACUAUAGUUUGUACGGCUUGUGGCGGGGCUGGACAUAUCGCAAAAGACUGCAAAAACCCUCGACCUGGUGGAUCAUUUACUGCGGAUGGUGGUAUGGACGAUGAAUACUCUGCUUUAAUGGCAGAACUUGGCGAGAGACCUUCUACAGCUUCGCUAGGUGAUAAAGCAAGCCCUGCUAAUGGUGUUGCAGGCACGCCUGGAAACAAACAGAAGUCUUACACCUUGCCAACCGGUACCCCAAUUCUUCGAGUCAACUUAACAAAGCCUCAGAAUCAGGGUUUUGGCGGUGCAAUGAGUCCCGGUUUUGGAAUGGUGAAAGGUGGUGUGCCCCCGCCUGGUGGUGUUCCUGGAGCGGAUGGAAUAAGCUUUUUUAACCAGCCCUCAGCAAGUUCAGUUAGGUCGAGAAUGCCGUAUUCAACUGCUCCAACUCCUUGGGGAGCCAUGCCGUCACGUGCAGGAUGGGGCGGUGUUCCUCCUCCUCGAUAUCCUAUGCCAGUUCCGCCUCCUCCUCCACCUGUCUCAUUGGGUUUCAUGCCACCACCUCCUCCGCCUCCUGCACCUGUUCCAAAAAUGGAUCUUUCAAGUUUGCUUGCUCCUCCAGCUCCUCCUCCCCCACCUCCGGCAUGA